AGCAGGUCGGGUUGGUCAAUAUUUCACUGGAUGUGAAAAUAGUCCAUCAUGGGGCACCAUGUAUACACAUACACACUCAUUCAUACCAAUAGGCAAUUUACUGUAGUCAUUCCCCUGGCAUUCUUUUGGGACAGUAGUAGGAACAAAUUCUGUGCAAGACAAGAAAACAAGCUCAGGAUCAAACUUUGAACCUUGAAGCUUUAAAGCAGCAUUUCUUACCCAGUGAACCUUGUCCCUCCUCCACCUCUCAGAAAAGAAUGUAAAGAUAUUUUGAUUGCAAAACUGAACCUUGAAUACUGACGGCUUAAGAUCUAGCAAUAGGACUGUAGUUAGAACAGACCCUUGACUCUAAACCAUACACUGAAGUAUUUGAGUUUGAAACCAUAUAAUUCCAGAAGACUUUACCCUAUUAUAUAAUAUUAGACUUUCAGAGUGUGUGACACCCUUGAUAAUACGUGACUUGGCAUUUCUUAUGCACGCUCCACAGACCAUUUACUAAACGUGACUGGGAAUCGAGGGGCCUGGCUUGAAUUUUUUCUUUUUUAUUAAGCUUGGCCAACUGCGUUUAGCCUACAACUGUUUUGGACAAUGACAUUCAUACCUGUGGUUGACUUCGAUGUCUACAAACUUGGUACCAGCGAUGUCACUGACAAGAACUUGCAAGUAUUAGGCAAAGAAAUUCGAAAGGCCUUCACUGAAGUGGGGUUUGUGUAUCUCAAAAACACUGGAAUAGAUCAAAAAGAGGUGGAUCGUGUCAUGGACAUUUCUAAGAAAUUCUUCCUGCUUCCUGAAGAACAGAAAAAGCCCUUCAGUAGGGGCAGUUACGCAAAUAACGGCAAUCACGGUUGGGUGUCCUCAGAAACAGAAAGUUUAAAUCCUCGACGUCCAGGUGACUUGAAGGAGGCCUUUAAUACUACAUCCCUGCACCCUGACAUUAAAUGGCCCUCCGAUGGUUGUGAUGGCUUUCGUGAUAUCAAAGUCGACUUUUUCCUACGCUGUAAGGAGCUGUCUCUCCGUGUACUGAGGGUCAUGGCUCUAAGUUUAGACCUGGAUUCAGAGGUUUUUCUAAAAGCACACUGCCACCUUGGUAGUGAUAAUAAUGGCACGACCCUGCGCUCUCUGUAUUACGCUCCGGUGAAGACUGAGAGUGUGAAGAUAGAUCAGAUCCGCUGUGGUGAGCACUCAGACUAUGGCAGCAUCACUCUAGUCUUCCAGAGCCAACAGGAAGGCCUGCAGGUAUUAAAUCGCAAAGGUGAGUUUAUCUCAGCUCCAAGUAUCCCUGGAACAGUGCUGAUCAACAUUGCAGAUAUGAUGCAGAGGUGGACCAGUGACGUGUUUGUGUCUGCUGUCCACAGAGUUCUACUACCUCCUGUGUGUGACUCAAGUGCAAGGCAGUCGUUGGUGUUCUUUGUGCAGCCGGAUGAUGAUGCCAUCAUUACGUGUUGUGAUGGCUCAAACAAAUAUCCUCCAGUGAAAUCGCUGGAUUAUCUCCUGUCAAGAUUCAACGACACUUAUGGCAGGAAAUAGAA